CUUCAUUGCAUACUAAGAGGGUGUCCUGAUAUGUAUUUAUUUAGUGCCAAUUUACUUGUGUUCAACUCCUCAGUGGUAUAAUUAAAUUGAUAAUGCAUUUUAUCGGUUAACAACAACGCAUUUUUUAUAUUCUGAUAAUAAUAAACACGGAAUGACACACGCGUGUUGGGUGUCAUUUAGUCCUCCACAGCAGUUGGCGCUGCAACUAAUAAACUGCCAUCGAAUUCUCUAACAUUUUGUGCGCGUGCGUCUUGUUUUCAUCGUGGAAGCGGGAGACAACGUUGCUAGCUUGCCAGAAAUUCUGAGUUGUUCAUUAUUUCGUUGAUUUUUAUUUGUAAAACAUUUCAAAUGGAUAUAGAGGGUGGUACAUAUGAACCCGGAUUCGUUGGGAUUCGAUUUUGUCAAGAAUGCAACAACAUGUUGUAUCCCAAAGAAGACAAGGAGAAUCGAAUCCUGCUCUAUGCAUGCAGGAACUGUGACUAUCAACAAGAAGCAGACAACAGCUGCAUCUAUGUCAACAAGAUCACCCAUGAAGUUGAUGAGCUGACGCAGAUAAUUGCAGAUGUGUCUCAGGAUCCAACGCUACCCCGGACAGAGGAUCACCCCUGCCCAAAGUGCGGUCACAAGGAGGCAGUGUUUUUCCAGUCCCACAGUAUGAAGGCUGAGGAUGCCAUGAGGCUGUACUAUGUCUGCACGGCCCCUCACUGUGGACACCGCUGGACGGAGUGAAGAAGAGGUCAGAUGUAUGCAUCCACAGCGUCUGCUGUCACCCAACAGGCUACUGUGUCUCACUGUUUCACUGUGGCUUAAAUCAGAAUGACUGAUCGUUAUGUGGGUCUAAAAUACUCAGCCAAAUCAGAAACUUUAUUUACAGGAAUACUAACUUUUUGUGUUAGUUCUUCAUCAUCUUGUUGGCGUGUACGUCGUGGAACUGCUAAGAUUUGUAUGGACCACAUAAAUCCCAUGUAUUGCCUUGUUGUGGAGGAACACCUAACUGUUGGGACAUUGUGUUAAUAAUGUAUUAGCUCUAGUACAUUUUUCAGGUAUUUGUCGUAUUAUUAUUAUUUUUUUAACUGGGAGAAAUAAAAUAAAACUUUUGUUAAAUGUU